GGGUAUAUAAGGAGAUCUUAGGCAAUCGAAUGAUCACUUCAUGCGAUUCGCAUAGUGUAAAGUGUCAAGAAAAGACCCAAAUUUCUUCAAACGACAAUAUGAAAGCUACACUUUAUCUCGCACUUGUGGUAUGCCUGGUGGCUACAUUUUACGCCCAGGCUCAAGAGGUCACAUGUCCAGAAGAUUCAGAUGAUGACGAAAAAGAAGCCAUCAUCAUACCACACCCUUCCAACUGUAAACAUUACUUUGUUUGUGACCAUGGCCGAGCAAUUGUGAUGGAGUGUCCUGAGGGCUUACAUUUCAAUCCCGACAAAAAAGUGUGCGAUUUUCCAGCAUCGGCUGGCUGCAAAGCUGAAGGUUAUUAAUUUACAUCUAUGACAUCGUAACUGCCAACAACGAUAAAAUAAUAAAUAAAUAUUGCUUUCCCAUGCGAUCACCACACGGCUUGUACAAACGACUUUUAUGUACAUAUUUUUCCUAAUUAAUAAAUAUAUAUUCUUUAUUUAAAA